AUGAAUCUCGUCGCAUUUUUCACAAGCCUGUUGGCUGUGCCGUGUCUUGCGGUGCCUCAAACUUCAACAGCAGCAUCGAGAGCUUCAUCGACAACUUCAUUCACUCCGCAGUUUACUGUUCCCGCGAGCGCUGACGAGGGUGCCACUCUCCUUCCCAAUAUCUAUGAUCCGACCGCGGCGGACGCACAAGCGGAGUGCCCCGGCUACAAUGCCACUGGCGUCAAGACAUCUUCUACUGGUCUAACUGCGCACCUGGCCUUGGCUGGGUCUGCUUGCAACGUCUACGGCACGGAUGUUCAUGACCUAGACUUGACAGUCGAGUAUCAGACCGACAAACGGCUCCAUAUCAACAUCCGCCCUUCGCAUGUCUCCUCUGAAAACCAGAGCUGGUACCUGUUAUCCACCGACUAUGUGCCCGCGCCGAGCCAGGAGCAGGGCACGAUGACCACCAGCGACCUCACUUUCUCCUGGGCCAAUACAGCAUCGAGUGGCUUCGGCUUCAACGUGACCCGAAACGGCACCGGAGAUGUCUUGUUUUCCACCGCCGGGACCAAACUGGUCUUUGAGAAUCAAUUCAUCGAGCUGGUGACACGCCAGGAAGAAAACUACAACCUCUAUGGACUUGGUGAAGUCAUUCACGGGCUUCGAUUGGGGAAUAAUCUGACACGGACCCUUUACGCUGCAGACGUCGGAGAUCCCAUCGACAUGAAUAUCUAUGGCAGUCAUCCAUUCUACCUGCAGACCAAGUAUUUCGAGGUGGGCAGUGAUAACAGCACAAGAUUGGUCACAAAACCUGUCGACUCUACCAGCGAUACGGCGAACUAUACUUCGUCAAGCCAUGGUGUCUACUUCCGCAAUGCUCAUGGUAUGGAAGUACUCUUGCGGCCUGAUAAUGUCACAUGGCGAACCUUGGGUGGAAGCAUCGAUUUGUACUUCUUCUCUGGACCUAGUCAGCCGGAUGUUACCCAGCAGUAUCUCAACGUCAUCGGGCAGCCUGUUCUGCAGAACUAUUGGGGCUUUGGAUUCCAUCAAUGCCGGUGGGGAUAUGAAAACUGGACCGUCACUGAGGGUGUGGUGGACAACUACGCCAAGUUCGGUAUUCCUCUCGAGACGAUAUGGAAUGACAUUGACUACAUGUUUCAGUAUCGAGACUUUGACAAUGAUCCUGUCCGGUUCAAUUACUCUGACGGCAAAGCUUUCCUCCAACGGCUGCACGAUAAGGGUCAGCACUACGUGCCUAUCAUAGAUAGUGCCAUUUACGCUCCGAAUCCUGACAACCAGAGCGACGCAUAUGCGACAUUCAAUGACGGCAACGAUACAAACUCGUACCUCCUCAACCCCGAUGGAUCCUUGUACAUUGGCUCGGUCUGGCCAGGAUACACUGUGUUCCCGGAUUGGUUGACCAGUGCUGCACAUGCAUGGUGGAAGAAUCAGAUGGUGAUAUGGCAUCAGAAAAUACCCAUCGACGGCGCGUGGAUUGAUAUGAGCGAAGUCUCAUCCUUUUGUGUCGGCAGCUGUGGCACCGGCAAUCUGAGUCUCAACCCGGUCCACCCACCGUUCAAACUCCCAGGAGAGCCAGGAAACAUCAUCUACGACUACCCGGAGGGGUUCAAUCUGACCAACGCAACGCAAGCAGCGUCUGCUGCCUCGGCGUCACAGUCGCAGGCGGAUGCCACGCUGACGGCUUCGAGCACCACGGUCAACAGUGCUUCAUCCUCGUCAACAAGCUAUCUCCGCACGACACCGACUGCAGGAGUACGCAACGUCAACCAUCCACCUUACGUGAUCAACAAUGUCCAAGGAGACCUCGCCGUUCACGCAGUCUCGCCGAAUGCCACCCACCACAACGGUAUUGAGGAGUACGACGUGCACAAUCUCUUCGGCCAUCAGAUUCUCCAAGCUACGUACGGUGCUCUCCUGGCGGCAAGGCCAGGCAAGCGACCAUUCAUAAUCGGGCGGUCGACGUUCCCUGGGUCCGGGACGGUUGCAGGGCACUGGGGCGGCGACAACAUGUCCAAGUUCUACUACAUGUACUUUUCGAUCCCGCAGGCGCUGAGUUUCAGCCUGUUUGGCAUCCCCAUGUUCGGUGUCGACACGUGCGGGUUCAACGGCAACAGCGACGAAGAGCUGUGUAACCGGUGGAUGCAGCUGAGCGCCUUCUUCCCCUUCUACCGCAACCACAACGUCCUAUCGGCCAACUCGCAGGAGGCGUACGUGUGGAGCAGCGUCAUCGACGCAACAAAGACGGCCAUGAACGUGCGCUUCCAGCUCCUGCCGUACCUGUACACUCUGUUCUACAACGCGCACACGGCAGGCGACACGGUCAUGAGGGCGCUGGCAUGGGAAUUUCCCAACGACCCCUCGCUCGCCGACGCAGACCGGCAGUUCUUUCUGGGCCCCUCGAUCCUUGUCACGCCCGUGCUCACGCAGGGCGCUACCACCGUCGACGGCGUGUUCCCGGGUGUCGUCGAGGGUACGGAUGUGUACUACGACUGGUACAACAAAACGCCCGUGUCGGUGCCGAGCAGCAAAAACACCACCAUCGACGCUCCACUCGGUCAUAUCCCCGUUUACAUCCGCGGCGGGGCGGUCCUGGCCACACAGCAAAUGGCCAUGACGACCCGGGACGCCAGGAACACGUCAUGGUCCAUCAUUGUCGCGCCGGGCGUCGACGGUACCGCAACAGGUCAGCUGUACCUCGACGACGGGGAGAGCCUUAGUCCCAACGCGACCAAAUCGGUGACUCUGGCUGCUGGAGUGGGCAUCGGCGGGCUGAGUCUGAACGUCACCGUCACGGGGUCCUAUACGGGUCUCGACCUGCCUUUGGCGAACGUCACGAUCCUGGGUGUCCAGAGAGCCCCGUCGAGUAACGUGGUCAAGAUCGAUGGCGAGGCAGUCGGGAACAGUACGUACGAUGGCACCACCAAGACUUUGUUCAUCGGUGGAUUGGGAGGUGCUCUUGGUGGUAAGGCCUGGGGUGGCAAUUGGACUCUGUCUUGA